UACAGACAGUAGCAGGUGUAGUGUAUCUUUCAUAACAUCUUUUAGUUUUCUAAAACGUUAAAAAUCAUCAUGAGUGGCGAACCCGGUUGUUCUUCAUCGAAAAACCCGUACCUUAUGGAUAAAAGUGAAAUCAUUAAAGCACACCAUAAGUUCUUAUGGGAUGACAAGGAUCAAAAUCCAGACACAUAUGAAAAGCGUUUAGCGAAAACCUAUUAUGAUGACUUAUUCAAAGAAUACUGUAUUGCAGAUUUAAGUCGAUAUAAAUCUAAUCAAAUUGCUCUUCGAUGGAGAACAAAGAAUGAAGUACUUAGUAAUAAAGGGUCAGAAAUUUGUGGUAAUAAAAAGUGUACAUCAAAAGAAAACUUGAAGGUUUGGGAAGUUAAUUUCAAGUACAUUGAACAUGGACAAAAUCAUAAUGCAUUAGUCAAAUUAGCAUUAUGCGUAGAGUGUUCAAUUAUGUUGAAUUACCAUAAAAAACACAACCUGUUUGGAAAAAGUAGCAGUAAAAGUAAAAAACGAAAAAGCAAAGAAGGUUCAAUUUCACCUAAUCAAAAAAUUAAAGUUGAAGUUGAAACCGAAGAUGAGUCUCAAAAAGAAGAGAAAGCAAAAGAAGAUAACAUAUGGACUAAUGAGGAUCCUGAAGAAAAGACCGAAAUGAACACAGAAGAAAAAAUAGAUGCAUAUUUAUCAGAUUUAUUUUAAUUUUUAAGUAAGAUGAUUAGUUUUAGACUUGUACAAAUGUUGAUAUAUUUUUAUACGUAAAUAGUAGUUAUGUAAAAAUCCAAAGUUUUAUUUACCGAAAAUAAAACGCGUUUGAAAAAACGAAUUAGAAAUUUCAAUUAGUCAUUAAAAUAUGUACUUGAUGAAAUGAGUCAACGUAAACGUCAGUACGAUUUAAUGCUUCACGUUCUACGUUGUACCUACGAAACACAUAUAGGUAUAGACACGCAUAACUUCGUAUCACGGAUUAAGUUUGAUAUCGCUGGGAUAGCUGGAGUUCGCGCGACACAAACAUUAGUAUGUGUUUCGAUUCAUGGGAUUUUGAAAAAUAGACGUCAGUCGUGUAUGGUCGUUCGUCCUAAAUAGUUCUCAAUCGCCUAAUAGUUCUCCGCAUCUACAGUGUUGAUAUUUCAAAGUAUUCUGCUCCCGCUCUUUGAGAAAAAAAUGAACUCUACGAAAGUCUCAUUGUCUUCGUCCUCGGACCAGUUGUACAAUCAGCAUAACAUGCGAUCGACGAAAUCACAACAGCAACAGCAGCAGCAACCCCUCCAUGGGCAGCAUCACCAGCGCAAAUCCCUCGAGCGAGUCCUCAAGUGCCCGAACUGCCCGAAGCUGUUCAGCCGCCAGGGCUAUCUGCGCAUGCAUCAGGUGACGCAUUAUCCGCAGAAUCGGCUGAUCGAGUGCACGCGCUGCGACAAGAAGUUCUGCCGGCCGGGACACAUGGCGUUGCACUUGCGCUCGCAUCAUCAUCAUUACUACGGCGGCGGCGAUGGCGCCAAUCGGAAAAGCAACAACAACAGCGUCCCCGCCAAGAUUUCCAGUAAGGAAUCGUCGUCGAGCGGUGGUAAGAACGUCGCCCAACGUAAAGCGACGACGGCUCAGCAGCAGCAGCCACCGGCUGAGAAACAAAAGACGUACGAUAGGAAGUGCUAUAGUGGCCCUAAGACGACGAACGACAAGCCAAAGCCAAGCGGCGGUUGCAACAAGAGAAAGAGUUCGAUGCCGAGGAAACUCGUCGCUUACAAGGAGGUCGCGGGCGACGACAACGACGACUGGCAGGCCUAUUUCGGCAGCAGCGGCUGCAGCUAUCUCGACGAAUCUCUGAUCAACAACGUAUUGAGGAAAAGGCAACGUCAGGACGAAAAACCGGUCGAAAGAGUAUACGAUAUUUCGAGAUUUUGAAGUAAUUGGAACGCAAAAAAAAAAGUCCAACUAGUUUAACUGUUUUCAAUCAUAAUAUAAUGAUAUAUUUUCAAAAUUUUUUCUCUUGUUAGACACUAAGAGAUAAGCAUGAUUUCUACUUCGUAAGGUGUUGUUGAGUGACAUUAAUGUUAAAACUAAAUCUAAUUUAAGUGUUAACUGAACAUUAUUUUCUCAUUUUUUUGUUGUCAGAAUCAUCGAAUAUUUACCACUAAGUGUAAGUACUUGUAAGAAACUCUAUUUUUACUUGUUUGUGAAAUUAGAUAGAAAAUAAAAAUUACUUAUAAGAAUA